AUGAAAAGAAACAAGAGGCACUCCUUGGAGUCAAACAAUAUACAUAGAGAAAUGUCUCCUACCUUGGAGUCGAAUUCUGAUGGAGAAGUCGAUAAAGGAAUAAGGGUAAAUAGAAAACGAAAAAAGGAAGAUAAAAAUAGGAAAUCAUCAGAAUCGAAUGAAGCAUUUUCAAAGCUAAAUAAGCCAAAUUGUGAAGCAUUAAGUCAGCGGAUUGAUAGUUCUGAAGAUCAAGAUGAGAUUAAUUCAGUGCAUCCAAUAGUUCAAAUGCAUUUCUCACAUAAUGUUGAUCCGGAAGAAGUUGUAUUUAAAAGAGAUAAAUUAGCAACUAAUGAUAUCGAAAUAUACAGAGGGAAGAAUAGAGUAAAAGAAGGAAGAGUAAAGACAUUUAAUGAUGAAGCAUUUAAUUAUUCUAAAGCAAAAAGAAAGAGAAACAAGUUUAUUGCUGAUCCACAGUUGUCUACUGAUCUAUGUGCAAAUUCAGGAAUGGAGCAGAAACCGUAUGAAUCCAGUAAAGCCGAUAACCGCAUAUCUGAUUAUUCAGCGAAUGAUGUGAAACCUGAUCAAAUGAUAAAUGAAAACUCGAAGCAAACUAAACAGUCUUUUCACCAUUCCAAUAAGGCGAGUCCGAUCCAUGUUAAUAAGAAUAAGGGCGACAUGCAGGAUGUGUCAAAUGUGUCAUAUUUAGACAAUAAAAAUCCAUCGAAAUCACAAGAGCGGCAGCAUAAAGAUUCAGAAGGUCAGGGUACGUCUUACAGGAAAAGCGCCUUAGGCAUUACGCAGAAAAUACAUCAGCAAGAAGAUUCUUCAGCAAACGAUCCUAAUUUGGAUUCAAAAUCGGUGAGACGAAUUAAAAAAUCAAAAUCAGCAUUGGGGUCGUUUAAUAGUCUGCUAUAUCAUGCGAACCGAGCGACACCAUUGGAGUCGGUAGAAAAAGUUAACCUCUCUAAGGGUUUGCUGAAGAAGACGGACGAGUUGAAGAAAAUGACUCCAGUACAGCCAUCGAAGUCAGUUGCUUUAAAGAAAAAAUCGUCUUCAUCUGAUUCAGAAACAGAUUCAGAGGAGGCAUUGAGACCUUCAGGAAAGAAAGCAAUUAAUGUAGCAAGUUCGGCUGUAUGUAUUUCUAAAGGCGUUGUCGGUCGCAAACAGCCAAUUCCUCAAAAAGAAACUUCUUCCGAGACUGAUUCUGACUCUGACUCUGAUUCAAAUUGCAAAGUAAUGAAGUCAGUAGAAAAAGUUAACAACCUCUCUAAGGGUUUGCUGCAGAAGACGGACCAGCUCAAGAAGAUGACUCCAGUUCAGCCAUGGAAGCCAGUUGAUUUAAAGAAAAAAUCGUCUUCAUCUGAUUCAGAAACAGAUUCAGAGGAGGCAUCGAGACCUUCAGGAAAGAAAGCAAUGAAACUAGCAAGUCAAGCUGUAUGUGUUUCUAAAGACGUUGUCGGUCGCAAACAGCCAAUUCCUCAAAAGGAAAGUUCUUCCGAGACUGAUUCUGACUCUGAUUCAAAUAGCAAAGUACUGAAGUCAGUAGAAAAAGUGAAGAAGAAGAUGACUCCAGUGCAC